UCGGCUUCCUCGACAAAAGACUCCUCCAGAGGCACAAAUGGCCACCGCCUCCACGAGCUUGAAAAACAAUCGUGAUGAGAUCGUGCCUAGAAAGAGGUCAUCUCAGACUGUAGACGUUCGCGGAAGUCCCAUACCUAAAAAUAUGGGUGACCUAAACCAUACCACCGUACUCGAAACGUACCGCCAGCAGACACAGCAGAAUCCUGACGUGGAGGACGACUUCAAUGCACUUGAAGCACCGAGAGUCGCCUCUCGUAAUGGCUUGUCAGUGCCUCUUGAUCCUCUGUUCUCUCGUCGAGUCAAACCUCCUUUGUUGAGCUCCGAUGGCAUAUUGAGCAGCCGCAAACCUCAGCCUGCAUCUCCUCUCGCUACAUCUGAAGUGCUCUCUGGUCUUCGAACUCGCGAGUCUGACAAUGCAUUGCUCUUGGGUCGAGCAUCUGUGAAAAUUGCUAUUCCAAACCCUUUCGCUCGAGGUAGUGUGCAGAAGGGUGGAGAUCUCAAGCAGGAGCCAUCGCGUCCCUCUCCCCCGGAUCCGACCCAGAAGCUUGACGAACAACUCGAUCUUCUCCGUCACCGUCUUGGAAAAACAGCAACCAUCACCUCAACCACACACCCUGCAGUACAAACCGCUCCGACAACCCUGGCGGCCUCCCGAGAUCAUACCAUCCGCGCCCUCCACGCUGGCCACGCUCUCCUCACCGCCGAUCCAAGAAAAUCCCCAUCCCACCCUAAUAACACCUCCUCAGACCCAACCCAAACCGAAAACCUUACCAUCUGGCGCACCGCCCUCGCCCCGCACCACGCCACCUUAUUCGACGACCUCGUCAGCCUCGCGCACCAAGCGACCCAAUCCCUCAUCGACCAAGACCUCGCCUUUGCCCAAUCCCUCUCGGACUACCAAGUCCGCAGCCAAAACAUCAUCUCGCAAUGGGAGGCUCAUCAGAAGAAGUUUUAUUCCCAAUUACAGGCCUCCCUCGCCAAGAAGAGGGCUCUCGUCAAAGCGGAAUUGAGGGAUUACAGCGGCAUGCUGAAGGGUUGCGGGAGGGUCAUCGAGGAGGUCCGAAUGGAGUGGGAGAGGGAUGGUCUCGAGAGGAAGAAAGUGUAUAGGGACAUCGAGGCCGUCGUUGAGAGGUUUGGACAGGAGAGUGUUGAUGAUGGGGAAUGAGGGGAGAAUGUUUCUUUUUGAAUGGAAUGAGGGAGGAAGGGAGGAAGGGGAAGUCAUCGCUCUUCGGACUCAUCAUCAGAUAUCUGGUUUUUGUUUUGUUUUCUUUCGCUUCCCUCCUGUCCCUCGAGGAGUCCAUUUCCAAGAUGUACAUCGAUAUCCAACUUGCUUUUCUUCCAUGCCAAGAAAAAGAAGUCCGCUGCUCGUCGCUUCCACCUUUUUCUUUUGGGGGACGACUUUGUCUACCGCAUUCAAUUCAUUCCAGACAGGGGGGUCAAUAUUUCGCGUUCAGCUUUGCAGAGGACAUCACGAUUCCAUCGUAGCCAUCGCCGAGUCAGUCAUGAUCGUCCGAGCCAUCAUCGAGAGAAAAAAGAAAUUCGCCAAGUGUCGUCUCCCUCCCUGCCGGGGGAUUCCCAA